AUCAUCACCUCUCACGUGAGCCUUCUUCCCUUGCGCAUGUUCUAUUGGGAUAAAGAUGCCAUCAAGGUUUAAAAAGACUAGAAAACUAAGGGGCCACGUCAGUCAUGGCCAUGGUCGUGUAGGUAAACAUAGAAAGCAUCCAGGUGGACGUGGUAAUGCUGGAGGACUCCUUCACCACAGAAUAAACUUUGACAAAUAUCAUCCUGGUUAUUUUGGCAAAGUUGGUAUGAGAUACUUUCAUCUCACCAAGAACCAGUACUACUGUCCCGUCAUUAAUGUGGAGCAACUAUGGAGUCUUGUCCCUCCAAAGGUAGCCAAUGAAGCCGAAAAGAAGAAAGAAGAGGGAAAGUAUCCAGUACUUGACUUAGUUCAACGUGGUUAUUUCAAGGUACUUGGUAAAGGGUCGUUCCCGAAGCGUCCAUUGAUCGUGAAGGCAAGGUUUUUCAGCAAGUUGGCAGAGAGAAAGAUCAAAGCUGCUGGUGGAGCAUGCGUAUUAACUGCUUGACAUUGUUGCCAUUGUUAUUAUUAUUAAUACAAUUUAUUCUGAUUGAAAGUACUAUGAAAAUACUAAA